UUCCCCCGUCAUUUAUUACACUCAACCUCCCACUGCUCUCAAAUAAAAACUAAAUUAAUAUAUCAUUUUACUAUUCCAAUUUUUUCUCUAUACUUGUAGUCUGAGAUUGAGGGAUUACGAGGAUAUGGCUUUCGCGGCGGCAGUUGUUAUUGUGCCGUUGGGUGUUCUCUUUUUCCUAUCUGGACUUGUCGUCAAUUUAAUUCAGGCAGUAUGUUUUGUGCUAAUAAGGCCAUUGUCAAAGAACACUUACAGGAGGAUAAAUAGAGCGGUGGCAGAGCUGUUGUGGCUCGAGCUCGUUUGGCUGGUUGAUUGGUGGGCUGGAGUUAAGAUCCAAUUGUACACGGAUUAUGAAACCUUUAAAUUGAUGGGUAAAGAACAUGCACUCGUCAUAUGCAAUCAUAGAAGUGACAUUGAUUGGCUUGUAGGAUGGGUUUUGGCUCAGCGAUCAGGUUGCCUUGGUAGCACGUUAGCUGUUAUGAAAAAAUCCUCAAAGCUCCUUCCAGUGAUAGGAUGGUCUAUGUGGUUUUCGGAGUAUCUGUUUCUUGAAAGAAGCUGGGCAAAGGAUGAAAACACAUUAAAGGCAGGUCUUCAACGGCUAAGGGAUUUCCCUCGGCCCUUUUGGCUGGCACUUUUUGUGGAGGGUACACGAUUUACUCAAGCAAAGCUUUUGGCUGCUCAAGAAUAUGCUGCUUCAGCAGGGAUUCCCGUUCCAAGGAAUGUUUUGAUUCCUCGUACAAAGGGUUUUGUUACAGCAGUAAGUCAUAUGCGCACAUUUGUUCCGGCGAUUUAUGAUGUAACAGUGGCUAUCCCCAAAACUUCCCCUGCACCUACCAUGAUAAGACUCUUUAAAGGGCAACCAUCUGUGGUUCAUGUGCACCUCAAGCGACACUUGAUGAAGGAUUUGCCUGAAACGGAUGACGCUGUUGCUCAGUGGUGUAGGGAUGCCUUUGUGGCCAAGGAUAAAUUAUUGGACAAGCAUGUAGCUGAGGAUUCCUUCGGUGAACAAUUGCAAGAUACUGGCCGGCCAGUGAAGUCCCUAUUGGUGGUGGUUUCUUGGGCAAUUCUACUCAUAUUUGGUGCCAUGAAACUUUUCCAAUGGUCCUCUCUUCUCUCCUCGUGGAAAGGUCUCACUUUUUCAGCGGUAGCGUUGGCCAUUGUCAUGGUUCUUAUGCAAAUCUUGAUUCAGUUCUCUCAAUCAGAGAGGUCGACCCCUGCCAAAGUUGCCCCAGGUAAGCCAAAGAACGGGGGAGAGACCUCAGGGACUCGUGAAGAUAAGCGGCAGUGAGAGACAGCCAAAUAUGUAUUUUGUAGCAUGGUGUUUGUUCCUUUGUACUUGUAUUUUUUUGCCUUAGCUACUUGAUUAUUGUAUGGAUAAACAAACUGCACAUCAAUUGAUAAAUUUGAGGUGACGAGAAAAUUACUGGUUUUUUUGUGUAUUUGCUAUGAAAAAUAUUAUGGGCAUCAUUUGAUAGUUGUAUUUUA